AGUGCGACGCGCGACAGGCCGCUGCGGUUGCUAAAUACUACAGCCAAUCAGAGCACCGGACGGGAAUAACUCCCCGCAUUUUUACGUAAUCCGACCAAUAAAACAAUUAUCGUUUGAUUAAGAAUUGCUCCGGCGAGUCGCGUCUUUCAACGUCUGGUGUUUUUGAGGAAAAGGAAGUAUUUUGUGCUGCCAAAGGAAAGCUUUCGCAUUACCAAUAAGCAAAUAGCACGGUGAGUUUUCUUAAUCAGCGUCCAACUAUAAAGGCUGGUCUUCAGUCGGUCUGCUGCUGGCUGCUAGGUUUGUUUUCUCCUUGAUGAAGUUUCCGAAGCUGUAGAUCAUUAUAAUAGGCUGGAUCCAUGUCUUUUCUGCGCUGGGUGUCCGAGAAGCUGAGCGUGGAGAGCCUAAGAGAUCUGGAGCUAUUCGGAGAGCAAACUCAGGGAAGCUCUCACAGGAAAGCCCAUGAAGACAGCAGUGAGUCCCUGACUUCUUUCCCACACCGGGGCACCAUGAGCAGCUUCAUGCCUGACAGCUCUGCCUACGAGCUCCUCACCGUCAUCGGCAGGGGGCUAGAAGACCUCAUGACGGUGAACCUAGCCAGGUAUCGGCCCACGGGCGAGUAUGUGGCCAUCCGCCGCAUCAACCUGGAGUCCUGCACCAACGACAUGGUCAGCUACCUGGAGGGAGAGCUUCAUGUGUCCAGGCUGUUCCACCACCCAUGCAUAUUGCCCUACAGGAGUGUCUUCAUAGCAGAGAAUGAGCUGUGGGUGAUUACCCCCUUCAUGGCCUACGGCUCAGCACGAGAUCUGAUCAGCAACCACUUCACGGAGGGCAUGAGCGAGCAGGCCAUAGCCUACAUCUUACUGGGCGUCCUUAGGGCACUGGACUACAUCCACCACAUGGGAUACGUGCACCGGAGCGUGAAAGCCAGCCACGUGCUGGUGUCCGCAGACGGUCAGGUCUACCUGUCCGGCCUGCGCAGCAUCUUCAGCCUGAUCCGGCACGGGCAGCGGGCGCGUGUGGUGCACGACUUCCCCCAGUACAGCGUCAAGGUGCUGCCCUGGCUCAGCCCGGAGGUCCUGCAGCAGAACCUGCAGGGGUAUGACUCCCGCUCCGACAUCUACAGCCUGGGCAUCACGGCCUGCGAACUUGCCAACGGGCACGUGCCCUUCAAGGACAUGCCAGCCACGCAGAUGCUGUUGGAGAAGCUGAACGGCACCGUCCCCUGCCUGCUGGACACCAGCACCAUCCCCCCUGAGGAGCUCAGCAUGAAGCCAUCCCGCUCAGGCGCCGACUCGGGCAUCUGCGAGGGCUCCGGGGCCCGGCACGCCAACGGGGAGCCCUCCUCCUCCUCAUCGGGGGCCCAUCCUUACAACCGCACCUUCAGCCCCCACUUCCACGGCUUCGUCGAGCUGUGCCUGCAGCGGGACCCUGCCAAACGGCCCUCUGCUAGUGCCCUUCUUGGUCACUCCUUCUUCAAGCAGAUUAAGCAUCGCCCAUCCGAGUCCAUCCUCGAGCUGCUCCAGCCCGUGAUGCCCAUCGGUAGUGUCGAGGGCGCCCAACCGGCCGACUCCCUGCCCGGCUUUGCCAGCCUGGAGUCCAGCCUCAGCCACCUAGACGUGGACGACUGGGAUUUCUGACAGCAGGGGCCAUUUCCUUCUCCCUGUUUAUUUUUUUUUCUUUUAAAUAAGGAAAAACCUCCGGACUUUCAGACACGGUAAGGGCUUCUCCCUCUGUCCGUCCGGAGGCCAUCGUGGGAUGUACUGCUCUACCAGCUCUAACCUUCAGGUCUGCCAGUAUCCUCUGAGGCUGGUGUCGGCAGUGAACUCGCUGAGGCCUGGCCUCGUACCACCUGCUCCAAGCCAAGAGCGGUGAGACGUCUCCUCUUCUCGUGUCAAAGUAAAAGCCCUGUCACGGUGUCAUGUGUUGACCAUCUCUUCUCACUCCUUUGGACUUCGGUAAAGGUCUCAGCCAAAUUGGGACUUAAGUCAGGUGUGUGUCAACUUUGCACAGCAUUUGUGCUUGGGCUGCCUAAGUAAGUCUUAAAAUAGAGCCUCAUUGGACAGCUAAAGGUAGCUGCUAUGAGGGAUCUUCGGGGGGGGGGGGGGAUCCUUUCCGUUUGUGGUCUGUUCACAGAAUAGCAGUGUGCUUCAACUUCUGCUCUUUCAGCACAAAGUAUUCAAACCUCCAUCUUGAAACCCAUUUUGAAGGAGACAGUUUGGGUACAGCGUUGGGUACAAUGGGAUUACAUUACAGAAUGAAAACCUGUUUUUUUUUUUUUUGCCUUGUUGAAAGUAAAGCUUGUAUCUGAUUAAAGAUGUUGCUGAAA